AUGGAAACAGCUUCUUUGUCUUUAAAGUGCUUAACAUGUAAGCUUAUAGGCACCCAGGGAACAGCACAAUAUGAGAUACGGGAUGCAACCGAGGAUGGAAUCAAGCCGCUACCCCACAUGGUGGAUUCAGUCCCAUUCAUUGUUUGGAUAGCUCUUGUAGCCGGUGCAUCAAAAAGAUUCACCUUCUAUGCCAACUACAUGCAAAAUGACCGUGAUAGUAUUGCCGUUCCGGGAGUUCUGGGUCUUGGUCAAGCAACUGCCACCAAUAUCCCCAAUGCCUUGUUUUUCUUCUUAUUCUUGGCCCCUCUGCCCUUCGCUGUUGUUUCGGACCCAUGGCGAGGGCGAUACAAAACAUUAUGCAUUUCUUACAUCCUGAAUCUAUGUGGAUGUAUAGUGCUCUUUAUUACCUCACUUCUAGUGGUAUCACAGGAUUCCAUCAAAACUUUCAGAAUGGCUCUUGCCAUGGUCUUGCUGAAUCUAGGAGCCAGAGGUGUGAAAACCACCGUCUCUCCCUUUAUAGGUGAUCAAUAUACCACUCUGAUUCCACAGUUGGUCGCCACGAAGAAGGCUGAGAGAGUCAUUGCCGAUCGCACGUUCACCAACAUUGGAAGUCUCUCUCCGAUUGCUUCGACUUAUUUGGAGAAAGAAGUUGGCUUCUGGGCUACCAACUUCCUGCCGUUAUGUUCCGCCUUACUGUUACUACAAGAUUGGAAGUUCCUUGCGUCCUCCGCCCGAGAACGAUUCCGACUCGAUGCAGCAAAACCCACAUUCCAAGCUGAGAAAUAUGGUGGAACUGUUCCGUGGGAUAAUCUAUUUAUCUUGGUGAUGCAAAGGGGCCUCAUAGCCUGCAAAGUCAUGGCUUGUUUUGUACCAUUCUACCUGUGCAUCAAUCAAAUCACCAAUAACCUUGUGUCCCAAGUGGCGCUCAAUCCCAUCGCCUGUAUUCUACUCGGCCCGAUCAUCCAAAAAAAACUUCUUUACCCCUGCCUUCAAAAACAGGGAGUCCCAUUCGGGCCGAUUACCCGUAUGAACUGGUUCUUCGUCACGAUAAGCUCGGAGAUGGCAUUUGCUGCAGGGUUACAAAAGCCGGUCUACACCCCGGGAGUCCCCAACAAUAUCAGCAUCUGGGUGCAAACCCCUAUUCUAGGAUUGGCCACUCUAUCUGAGUACAGCUACUCGAAAGCGCUCAAGGAUAUGCGCAGCCUGGUGCAGGCCCUGCGACAGGUCACAGCUGGGACUGGAUCUACCUUGGGAAUGGCCACGUGGCCAAUUGCUGUUAAUCCAAAGAUGAUGUACAUGUAUACGGGACUGGUGGCGACGAUGGUUGCCGUUGCUCCGGCUUUCUGGGUGGCGCCUAGGAGGUUGAUGCAGCCGGAUAGUCAGGAGGAGAUGGAAGAGACUUCGGCCAAUGCGCGUCCAAGGGGUAAGGGUAUCGAGUUUGCACACCUUGGAUACAUAAUCUAA